UCGCGUCGCCUCAGAAGAACUUUGGCUUCACCGGCCAGUUCCGUCGUGUCCGCUCAAGUUUGUAGACAUUCGAUCAUUUUCUAGAGGCACAUCUAAAGGAGUCCAACACGGUCUUUAAAGAAGAAGAAAAUAAAUCACCUGUGUGCGCUCACCUUUGGAUUUGCACAAUGCAGAGACUUGCGGUUUUGAAGGGAGUCUUCUGUGACAUGGAUGCCAUCCACAAGCAGCUCCUGAUAGGCUCCGCCGUGGCAGCAGGGGGUAUACUUCUGCACAUGGUGUACAAAAGAGGACAGGUCAAAAGUAUUCCUCUUGGUGAAGGCUGGUGGGGAGCAGGAAAGAAGCCGCUGUCAGAGGACGAUCAAAUCUAUCCCUUUGAAGUGGAAACCUCAGAGGAAGAGAUUGAGGACCUCCAUGAGCGCAUUGACAGAACCCGCUACACCGAUCCUUUGGAAGAUAGCUGCUUCCAGUACGGCUUCAAUUCCACAUACCUCAAGACAGUGGUUUCCUACUGGAGACACAAGUUUGACUGGAAAAAGCAGGUGGCGGUACUUAACCAGUACCCACACUUCAAAACUAAAAUAGAAGGAUUGGAUGUGCACUACGUCCAUGUGCGACCACCACACCGUGCGAAUCAGAAGGUUGUGCCUCUUAUGCUGGUUCACGGCUGGCCGGGCUCCUUCUACGAGUUCUACAAGAUUCUGCCCCUUCUCACGGAGAACCAGGAUGGUCUAGUGUUUGAGGUCAUAUGCCCAUCCAUCCCUGGCUACGGCUACUCAGACGCCCCUCAUAAACAAGGAUUCGACAGUCUCGCCGCUGCCCGAAUUUUCCUGACACUGAUGGAACGUUUAGGAUUCUCCCAGUUCUAUCUGCAGGGAGGAGACUGGGGCUCUCUCAUAACCACCAACAUGGCACAGAUGAAGCCUCUGUGUGUAAAAGGUCUCCACCUCAACAUGUUUAUGUCAAGAAGGGGAUUAAAGGUGAUGUUGUCCCUCAUGAUUGGUCCUUAUCUGCCGUUCCUGGUGGGCUUCAGUCGGGAAGAUGUUCGCCGAUUGUUCCCUUUCUUGGAGAAGAAUGUCUGGAACAUCCUGAGGGAAACGGGCUACUUUCACAUCCAGGCCACUAAACCAGACACUGCAGGCUGUGGGCCGAAUGACUCUCCCGUAGGCUUGGCGGCCUACAUUCUGGAAAAGUUCUCCUCCUGGACUGAUCUGAGCAACACAGACCUGGUGGAUGGUGGGCUGGAGAGGAAAUUUAGCCUGGAUGAUGUCUUGACAAAUGUCAUGAUCUACUGGACCACAGACUCCAUUGUCUCCUCCAUGCGCUUCUACAAAGAGAAUCUUAAGAGCAACCCUGACAAUAGAGUGGAUGCAAAGAUAGGGAUUUUUGUGCCCACUGGACUUGCCGCCUUCCCCGGGGAGCUGAUGCACUGCCCGAAGUCAUGGGCACAAAUUAGGUAUCGAAACAUCUACUCCUACACUUUCAUGCCUCGAGGUGGUCACUUUGCUGCCUUCGAGGAGCCCCAGCUGCUAGCCAACGACCUUGUCCAGUUUGUCAAAAAAGUAGAGAAGUUCUAAACCCACCGAUGCGCUCUAAGACCUAUGUAAUUAUUGCUCAUCUGUUCUUGAUUAUUGCUGAGAAGUUUUGAUUUUGACGGGUUCUUCCAAAUGGGACACAAAUGCACAUCCCUCUUACACAAGUUAUAUUCACACUACAAUGCACUUCAUUGCUU